CACCAGAUAUCCAGGCUCAAGUGCCAAAGACCUUUGAUCUCGGUUAAAGACGUGUUAUGAAGCAUUUUCUUUCAACCUUUGGACUCAUAAUAAGCCACCGACCUGCUCUGUCCCUUAACCACUAAGCUGAAAUGCCCACCUUCAGAUGACGAAUCAGGCCAACCCUCUUGAUCAUACACCUGUGCAGCAUAACGAGCUGUUGCUCUUUGAACCAUUUGCCUUCGAGCAGGAAGUCGGUGGUUUUGUGAAAGCAGAAGAGUUGGUAAAAUACUGGUGUAAAGGAAAAGACUAUGACGCCGGAGCAGAGCUGACGCUGAACGGUAGAUUUGGUGCUUUUGUCUUUGAGGAGAUUCGAGGUUAUCCUAGUCCAUUUUGAGGUAGGUCGUAAAAGGCUCUCUGUUCCAGCUGGCCGUGAACAAUUUGGAGUUUUUACUGCCUGGAGAAAGACGAACGCGCCGGUUUAAAAAUGUAUGGAAACACCAGCCGCUUCACCUACUCCCCCAGGGCGUCUACACAGGAGGACUUCCCUCAACAGAGACGGCCUUUACAGCACGAUGAACACAGGUCUUCUCUGCAGAGAGAUGGCCUGUCAAGGCCCAGUGGGAGAUACAUAUACAUGCAGAGAAAAGACUACUCUGAGAACCUGAACAGACAGGCUGAGAGCUUACAUGUCAGAGUGGAGCACCUGUUCACCUGUGAGCUGGACGGCCUGGAGCUGAAGAGAAUUGAAGACUGUGUGGCCAAGCUGAAGAGGCUGGAAGCCAAAGGUCGUCUGUGGCCACAGGAGAUGAUCAUGGAGGCCAUGGGAGGACACCUGCUGCUGAGUGACAUCGAGUCCAAGACUGAGCUGGAGACAUUACCUCUGAGCAGCAUCACACAGACCAAUGCUGUGCUGGACAGCUGUGCCUACAACUCUCUGCUGAUAAUAAUAGUGCAGGACCGCAGGAAACGCUCCCCACAGGUCUUCAUGUUCCAGUGUGAGGAGGUCAAGGCUGAUCAGCUCAAGACUGAACUGGACAAAGUUGCCCAGAGAACGGAUGGUAAUGUUGACCCUCACUGGGGGCAGUCUGAUAUCAGAAAUAAUCUUGAAAAUCUCAUUGGACAACAUUCUCCGGGAGGUUUUCCACCAGACCACAAUGCCAUGGGAGAAGUCCUGCACAAUUCUGAUCACAGGGAUUUUCAGAUUCUUCCUCCUGCCAUAAAAGUAGCAGUAAAGAAGACGGACCUUUUCAACCGUGUUAUAGCCGAUCUGGAGACUUUCUUGGGCCAAGUUUCUGUUUCGCUAAAAUCAUCUUCACAAGUUGGCAAGAGCAAGAAGAUGAAGAAUGCAGCACCAGCUCACGCUCUGCCACCACCACAGGAGUACAUCGCCUGUCUUCAGAAGGUCAAAUAUGGGAUCAACCUGCUGGUUCAGCUGAAAGGUGCACUGAAACAGCCCACGGUCCCUGACUUUCUCCACAUCAUCUUCACUUGUCUUGGCAUGAUGCUGCCUCACUAUCCUCCACAGCUGCCUCCUUCUGUGGUCUCCCCUCUGCUGACAGACGCUGCCCACCAACUGCUGGAAGAAGUCUUAACUCCAGAGGAGAAAAAGCUUUGGGCGGCCCUGGGAGAAUCCUGGAUGACCCCCAGUUCUCGUUGGCCUUACGGUCAAGUCCUGCCUUACUCUCCAGUGUUCUACGAUGGUUGGCAACCACCCUCCCCCUUAGACUCCCCCCAGCUGAGCAGGAGCAGCAGCCAGCGUUUCCCAGUCAACGAACCCACCAGAGAAUCUGUAUUCGGUGACUGGAACUCCAAACCUGCACCCUCCAAUGAGCCCCCCCAGCUAAUGAGGGUCAUGUACAACUUUGUGGCCAGGAACAACAAGGAGCUCAGCCUUAUGAAGGACGACGUGGUUCAGGUGAUACAGAAAUCCAAGCAAUGGUGGCUAGUUCGAAAUGGCCGCGGUGAAGAAGGGAGUGUUCCUCAGAAUGUUCUGGAGCCGGCUCACAACAACUGGCAACCUGACGACAGAAUGGAUGCUCGUGGCCCGGUGACUCUGGACAUGUCCUCCACACCUGCAGAGGUGAAAGCAUGGCUGCAGUACAAGGGUUUCUCCAAAAUCACCGUGUCCUGCCUCGGAGUGCUGAACGGUAAACUGCUGCUGGGCAUGACCAAAGAUGAGAUAAGGACCGUGUGUCCGGAGGAAGGAGCCAAGGUCUUCUUCCAGCUGCAGGCCGUGAAGUCCAGCAUUGCACUGGCCAGUGAACCGUCAGGUCCAUACAACAACCGCUACUACUAACAACCACAACAAACUGUAACUGCUGCUUCGGUGUCUUAAUGAUGAGUUUUAAUAUGAUGAUCAAUACUGUGGUCCACAUCCUCAACAUCCUCUGGGUCACUACUGUCAGCGCUGUUUUAUUUUAAAACAAAUCUAAAGAAUGGUGAUUUGAAACAUGAUGUCUCUGCUGUAACACUGGACCAUAACAAUGACUAAACCAGAAAUGUCAUUUACACUGGACUCCCUAGAUACCAGUUUAAUUAAAAACCAAUGAAUUGGUUCAACCCCCAGAAAUAUACUAUUACCCCCCCCCCCCAACUAAACAGAUAGAAACAAAUAUAUUGACAAUAUAAAAUGAUAAUAAUUCAGAAAACAUUUUUAUUUUUAUUAUAAAAAGUGUCGGGGCCACUUAUUCAAAUUCAGUUGUCAAAAUGGAGCUGGGUUGAGCACUCCUAACUAGAUAUUUUCUUGUAUCUGGAGCAAUAGCUGCAGCUCAAUGAAAUACCGGUAUUUCUGGAAGCUCGUAUCUAGGGGGUCCCCUGUAUUACUAUAUAUAACUUUUGUCUAUAUAUUUAAGUAUACAUAUAGUUUCUUUAGUGUACUUUCUAAUCUAACUACAGAACAGCUGUGAAUUAAUGCAUGUGUAUAUACAUAUAUAUUAAAAUCAGCAUCUCUCAAAUCAUCUGCUAUUAAUCUAAAUGUUACUCUUUUGUAAUUCAGCCAAAUGAUGAAGAAACUAAUGUGAAACAAUUUCAAAUAUACAAAAGUAUAACUUUGUAGAGUUGGUAGAUUUUAGUCAGUACUGUUCGCCUUGAUGUUGGCUAGUAGAACUUUGGUGAAGCUGCAGUAUUUAACAAUAUUAAUUGCUCAUAUUGUCAGUAGUACUAUAUUAUCAAAUAUGUUUUCUGUUUUUUUUUUAAUGAGAAUGUGAUCAGUUCAACAAAGAAAUCAAUGCUUUAAAAUUGACCACUUACAGUCAUAGAGACAACACAAUGAAAACCAUUGUGUUGUCGUCACGUCAGUUGUUUAGUCAGUAAUGAGGAACAAACAGACAGAGACGAUCACUUUAUUGUCAUUUUUGGUUAACAUUUAUAUUCGGUCUCAGAUGUUCAAACUGAAGGGAGGCAGGGGCUUCUACAGAAACAACAUUUAUUUUCCUUCACACACACAAAAGUAUAAUUACUUCACAGACAGCUCAUACAGUGUGGUCCUGUUGUGUGGGGUUGGAAACAAGAACACCAAAGAAAGACGGAGCAAACUGGGAAUACAGGAAAAACUGAUGUUUUUUUUUUCUGUAAUUCUGUACCAUUUGUUUUAAUUGGGACAUUAAAUUAGUUCACUGCAAUUCAA